AUGGAAGAAAAUAUGGAAAACCGGCACUUUAACAACACCAUUAUAAUGAACAGCUAUGGUUGUUUUCGUUUAAAACCUAUGAAUAUUAAAUCUGAAACCAACGUGAUUGCAUAGGUAUUUACAUUAAAUUUGUAAUUCAUACAGAAGCAGGAAAUGGCACAACGUUAAGUUCCGAUAAUGGUUACAGUGGUACAAACGACGAGUUAGCAUCACUGGGUAAGCGAGCUUUUCGUCAUUAUAACUUUAGACGUUAACUGCAGUAUUAUUCACUGACUUUUCGAAAAAAUUUCUGCUGAAAAUUGUUUUUGAUUUUAUAUUAAAAACAUUGAUAAUACGUUGGUUUUAAAACUAUGAUUUUAGUUGCACAAUAAUUUUUAUAUAAUAUAAAAAUUAUUUAAAUUCUGUAACGUAAUUUUACUAAAACUUACAAGUUUUUCGAUUUUGAUUUUUGAUAAUUUCAUCCAAUUUUUUAACAACGGUUCUAUUGUCUAAAACCUUAAGUUUUUGAAUUUGUCAUGGUUGUCGUUUGAUUACGAUACUAUUUCGAUUAUAGGGCUUUCCCUCUAAUCUUGAAUACAGACAGCGUAUAUUUUUGUAAGAAACAUAAAAAAAAUGUAUAAACAUUAAUAGUAAGUAAGCAAGUAAUAACUUUUAUUGGAAAUUAAUCAAAAUAAACGUUUUCUUAUUUGUUUUCAGACGAUCAAAAUUACAUAUCUCAAUAUUAUUCUUAUUUUCAUCCUGUGAAACGUUCGGCAAAUGUAUAAGAGAAUUGAAUAUAUUAUUAUGCAUAACUAUUGUUAUUAUAUUAAAAUAUUAACUACUGAUAUUUUAUAAAUUAAGUUAAAGUAGGUUUUUACUUAAAUUAAAUUGAAUUAUUAAUAGAUAUCAGUAAUAGCAUUUAAAAAAAUGUCUGAAGUACCGCAUUACAGAAAUGUAAUUACAUGUGAUUUCGAAAAAAAUACUAGGUACUCGUUAUAAUAGGCGUUUUUUGUAUAAUUUAUUGUAAUUCGUCAAUCUCAAAAUACAACGUUGUUUAUGAUGAAGAUUGUAAAAUGGCAUAUCGCUUGUGAAAUAUUAUUCUGUAAUUUCCGCAUAGACCUAUUUAACAAUGUACAAGGUUUAUGGAGUAUGGGUGAAAUAUUCUAAAACAAUUCAUAUCUAAAUAUCAUGAAAAAAUAUGCAAUAAAAAUAUUAACAAUAAAUAAUUUAAUGUUUAUCAAUUAUCAUCCUCUAUGUCUUCUGAAACAAAACCAAAUCAAAUAUGUAUUUUAAACAUGGGUAUAAACUGUAAAGUGCAGUAAUUAAAAAUAUAAAUUUGAUUUAUUAGGUCACGAUAUGGAAUUUAAAUUUAUCAAAACCAAAAAACGUCCACGAUGUCGAUGAAGUGACCGAGUCAGUGAAGAACUUAAGCACUAGGAAUCAGGGUUAGAGAAAAAUUAGUAUUGGGGAGAUAUUGUAAACGAUUCAAAAUGAUCAAAACCGAUAUUAUCGCAUAACACGGUUAGGUUACUCCCUAGAUAACAUUGGUUUUCAUACGGAUUAGUAGAAAUUAAAAUGGCUGUUACUUAAAAACUAUUCAUCGGAUAUAAAUCUGUGAUACAUAAAAAUGUUCAGAAGGAUAAUUUAUACAGAAUGGCUAUCUUAAAAUUUUCCAAAAAUAAUAAUAAUUAAAAUAUAAAUAUUUGUAGUUUCCUGUGAGUUAUAUAAAAAAAAAAAAAAAACAAUUAUUUAUAAUAAAUACUAUACUGUCGUUUUAGUAAGCUGACAGUAUUUUCGAUAAUAAACGACAGAAUUUCAACGAUAAAAUAUGAAAAAUUCACUUGUUUCUAGCAAUUUCAUAGUAGGUAAUCCGGCAACGUAAUAAAAUUAUAGAAAUAAGUGGAAUUUCUAUAAAAACCAAGUAAAACAGUUUGUUACAAAAUCCGAGCCCCGCUGUUUGUAAGGUAAUUAUUUUAACAGUUAUCUUGUAGGUGCAGAAAUAUGCAACUGUGACAACAAAUUAUUUGUGAAAGUCAGAACACUACGAUAAUACCCAGGUACGGCAAACCGUUUUAAACUUUUUCCUUUUUUAAGGUAGAUGAGAUUUGUUUUAAACGUUCAUGAAUCUUGUACAGAUAAAUUUAAGGUAAAAAGCAAUUAGUAUAAUAAUUAAAUAUAUAAAGUAUAAACAGGCGUAGUUUUAAUGCACUUCUAUUUAGUAUAAAUACGAAUGCUUGUCUACGGACUACUUGCAGUUAUCAUAUAAAAAGGUGUCUGUAUUAAUUUCUAUAUUUUAUAUUUUUUAAACCAUUCGAACUUAACGAUACAAUAACAUAUUAAUAAUUUGAAACUUAAUUGGACAAAAUUUGUUCAGUAAAAUAUAGUUCAGGUAAACCUCCAAAACUCUAAAAAUACAGAAUCAACAUUUUGCAUUUUUUGUUGUUCAUUGUUAGUUUGGUAAUAGACGCGUUGUUUACAACGGAAAUCACAACAAGAAUCAGUUACCUUGUCUCUUUUCUAUGGCCCUGUAAAAAUCGUUUACCAUAUCGUAUACCUAAAUGUGUUUUAUAUUGAUUACCCCCAAUUUGCUUCACAUUUGCUGAGAAAUCUAUUGGGAAAAUCAAAAAAUGACCUCUUUAAAGUACCUCCCUAGUGAAAUGUCCUUUCAGAAACAUUGAUGUGAUUAAAAUUUGGAGUAAAAUUGCUGGUAGAAAAGUUGCGCAUAGAUAAAAAAAAAAAAAAUUAAACAUCUUUGUGAAACCAUAAGUUUUUUCGCUCCACUCAGAAUCUAAUACGCAGAUUCGCUUUAUUAAAAUAAUAAUACAAAAAUAUGGGUUUUAUUAAAAAAAAUAUGACGUGUUCACACGGUAUUCGAUACUAGAACAUUUGUUAAACAUAUUUUGAAUACAAAUACGGGAUUUAUUGUUUGUUGUUACAUACUUAUACAAGAUUGGUUACCUAUAAAACGUGUUGUUUCUGUAUCGAAGAUUUAUACCUAUUUUAUCGCUGUAUACCAAUCAGUACAUUUAAUAUCCGAUUGUUUAGCUCUAAAGAAGACUAUAAUUAGGUAUGUAGAUACAAUAUUUAUGGAAUUACUUAUUAAAUUAUUAAUUGAUAAAUCAUAUGAACUAUUUCUUUAUUGCCCGUAUGGAAUUAAGGUUGGACAUUAACUGGUUAAAAAGUUUUUAUCUUAGCUUUAAACUUUUGUUUUUUUUUAUUAAUAUAACUUAAUUAUUUUGCGUCAACUAUAGUAAAAAGUUUAUUUUGAAUUACAGAUAUAGUAAUUGCGUUAAUUUAAAUUUUUUUUGAUUUUAAUAUUAAAUUAAAAAUUGCAAUACCCUACAAAAAUUAUUGAUUUUACUCAAUAAUGCGUAUAGUGACAUACGAUAAAAUCAAUCCAUCAAUUAAAUUGAAUAAUUAAAUACUCAAUAAUCCCAAUUAGGAUAACCCACGAACGUAUCAAGAGACUUCAGUAGGUAUUUGUUCCGGUUCCACAAAAUCGUCUCUUCGCGUCUAUUUGCAAUUCAAUCGAAGGACGCGUUUGUCGUUUUUAUACAUAAUUAUUACUAUUAUUAUUGCAUAUGACAUAUUUUUCGACUAAUUUGAAUAGAAUCUAGAAAAAAAAAAUAAGAUUAAUACAAUAAAUAAGUGAAAAAUUAAUUCAAAACAAAGUUUUGAGUAACUUCAUUUUACAUAUUGUUUGUCAUUGUAGACUAUAAUUAUUUAUUUUUUUACUACAAUUAUUGAUUAAUUAUAUAAGUUCCGAUGUACGAAACUAGUCAAACAAUCACGUACCUCGUAUCCCAAAAUAGUAUCGUUUAAAGUUAAGUAAUCACAAUCGAAUUUCUUGUUCAACGCGAGCUGGUAUAAUAAUUAGGUAUCUAAAAUUAAGUAAUAACGUUUGGAUGGUUUUGUUUUGUUUUUAGGACCUGCUCAUCUGAAAAUGAUUGGAAUGGGGAGAACGUGGCUUUGCGUCUUUUUUAUAGUGGCGUUUUUUGCGUCUUCGAUGUACGGCGCUAGUUUAAGACGUGAGUAUGUACAAAUAAAUGAUUUUCGCGAAAAAUCUAAAAGAUCCUUCGUUCCGAUCAGAAUCUAAAAAAUAUAUUUACUUUUGAGUGAAAUGAGGAAAAAUAAUUUUGAACUAUAUUAUAAUAAAAUAUUAGUUCUUAGUUUUAUAAAUGUUAAAUUUUAUUAAAUUAACUGACAUUACGAAUCUAUCGAUAUCCUUAUUAGAAACGGUUUCAGGACUAAUAGUCGCCAAGUCUGUUAUUGAAUAUACGUCUAUUUUCAAAAUCGUCUACUAUUUGUGCAUUUAUUAUAUUUGAAUGCCUACUAUUUUUGUAAUAUAAUAUUUACAUUCUCGAUUACACUAUACCUGUGUAUUAUGGUCCCCUAUAAUACUUUCCUAGAGUAUAAAUACUUCUAAUAAAUAUUUUCCGGAAAACAUUGUUCCUCGACUCCAUUUUCAAGUGGUAGCCCCAUAUUUGAAUAUCUAGUUCAAGAAAUGUCUACAAAUAAAGAGUGUGAAUGGUUAAUAGGCAUUACUUUAUACGCAUUUGUUUACUUAAUGAAAAAAAAUGUCACGUAUUAUUAUUUGUUUACCUCGUUUAUGCCCACCUAAUAGGAAGUAUAAUUUUUCUUAACCAUCAAUCAAAAUCAAUAAAUUAUUUUUAAAUCGAAACUUAAAUUUAAAAAUUGACAUAUAAUAAUAUUUUAAAAUAACGUAUGCAAUUUGUUUUAUUUUCCUAUAGUAGAGUAACGCGUUGCAUUUGUUUUCAGACGCUCAGGAGAUCACGCUGUACGACAUUGAAAAUGCUACGAAAUUCUCGUUCCAUGAUGAGUGUGAGUGAUUAAUAGGCAUUACUAUACGUGUAUUUUUUGUUUACUUAUUGUAAAAACAUUGCACAUAAUAUUAUUUGUUGACCUCGUUUGUGUCCACCUAACAGGAAGCAUAAUUUUUUUCGGCCAUCAAUCAAAAUUAAUACAUUAUUUUUAAAUCGCAAUUUGAAUUUAAAAAUGUUCAUAAAAUAUUUUAAAAUAACGUAUACGAUUUUUUAAUUUUUCUAUAAUUGAGUAACGAGUUGUGUUUGUUUUCAGACGCUCAAAAGUUGUUGACGCUCGACGCUGAUGAAUCUGUGACCAUAUAA